AGAUCGACUCAUCAAAAUUUUAGCUGUACCUGACAAAAUGGCGUCCAAUCCAGAGGAUUUUUAUGAAUGCGUGGCUUCUUGUAAGAUAGGAGGUGUCCCUGUACUUAAGUAUGUGUCCAAGAGAACCAAAAUGAUAAUAUCAAUAGCUCAAGUAGAAGGACCACUCGUGAAUGGAUACUUCUGCUUAGCUACAGAAGCUCAUGAUCAUGAUGGCUUACCUCAUACGUUGGAGCACCUGGUUUUUAUGGGGAGCGAGAAAUAUCCAUAUAAGGGUGUAUUGGAUCUCUUAGCAAACCGUUGUUUAGCCCAGGGUACUAACGCCUGGACUGAUGUUGAUCACACCUGCUACACCAUAACGACAGCUGGUACUGAAGGAUUCCUCAACCUACUUCCGAUAUACCUGGACCAUAUACUCUACCCAACACUAACUGAUCCAGCUUACACUACAGAGGUGCAUCACAUUAACGGGGAGGGUGAGAAUGCAGGUGUGGUCUAUUGUGAAAUGCAAGCGAGGGAGAAUACAAGUGAAGAUCGGACACACUUUGAAAUGUUACAAUUGAUGUAUUCUGAAGGCUGUGGAUACAGGUCUGAAACUGGUGGGCGUAUGUCCAAUCUUCGUGACAGCACGAGCAAUGAGAAGGUCACCUCCUAUCAUUCCUCCUACUAUCGUCCCGACAACCUUAACCUCAUCAUCACCGGACAAAUUGAGCCUCGUCAGAUAUUUAAAUCUCUUAGCGAAUUUGAAGAGAAAAUAUUGAGCAAAGGUGAGCUCCCUCAGUUCACUCGUCCAUGGCAGAGUCCCGUGGCUCCAUUAAACGGGUCCCACAGUAAAGUGGUUCAGUUUCCAACUAGCGAAGAGGACGAUGGUCUUGUUAGAAUAUGUUGGAGGGGACCAAAGGCUUCGCAGAGAUACUUAAUGACGGCAAUGGAGGUCAUAAUGGAGUAUUUAACUGAUACACCAGUGGCUCCGUUACAAAGGGAACUGGUUGAGAUUGAGGAUCCUUACUGCUCUGACGUGGACUGUAUGGAGCUAGAGAACAGUGUCAGUGUCUUUGGGAUCGCAAUGGAGGGAGUCCCUUAUGAUAAACUGAAUACCGUUGAAGAGAAAGUCGUCAGUGUUCUCCAGUCAUUAUCUGAUGGUUCUGAGUCCGUUGAUAUGAGCCGUAUGGCCAGCAUAUUGAAGCAAAGGAUUCUCAAAAUACUUAAUCAGGUUGAGGAGUGUCCACAUUAUUUCUUUGCUUUUUCUCUAAUUGGAGACUUUUUAUUCCGACCUGACGAUUUUGGUGAUUACCUGGAUCAGGUUCCACGUUAUGAAAAACUCUUGAAUGAAACAGAGUCAUUCUGGGUUGAACUGAUCACCGAGUAUUUUGUAACACCACACAGGAUAACGAUUCUAGGCACUCCAAGUGCUGAAUUAUCGGAGAAGAUGGAGACAGAGGAGAAGGAGAGGAUACAGAAGCAAAGAGAAGAGUUGAAAGAGGAGGGACUGAAGGAGAAAAAGGAAAUACUUGAAGACUCCAUUAAGCAGAAUGAGGCCCCUCCCCCUGAUGACGUGGUUAGUUCCUUGCCUGUUCCCUCCACGGAUUCUAUCUCAUUCCAUCCCAUAAAUGUCCUUGCUAAUCACAAUGUGGGCGGGGCUUCUGAGACACCAGAAGGCGGAGUCUCCGAAAUGUUGAAUAGAUUUCCGGUCGGAAAAUUGCCAUUUUUCUUACAAGUUAAUCACAUCAAAACGAAAUUUGUGGAGUUUUCUGCUGUUCUGGAUACUAGUGGUUUGCCAAAAAGAUUACGAUUUUAUUUAUCACUUUAUUCUGAGCUUCUAUUUGAAUCACCAGUUCUAAGAAAUGGAGAGCUGAUUCCUUAUGAAACUGUUGUGAAGGAGCUUCAAGCUAACACAAUAUCUCACUCCUCAUCUCUUGGCAUUAGAGGAGGGGGCAGAUUCAUGCCAGGACAGUAUCCUGAUGCUCUUUUAAUAUCAAUAAAGGUAGAGCAUACAUUAUACAUGUAG